CUUUUUUCAAUUCUUUCUCAUCCCAGCCGCCUACUACAGACCCUGACCUAGUUUUAUUUGCAAGAUUGCCUAAAAAAAAAAACGGUGUCUCCUAGCCUUCAAUGUGUUUUAUUGCUCAAUUACGUUAGUCCGUACUUUCCAAGGCCGGUUGCUUAGUGCCUGUACUUCUAAUUGGUUGCGAAUGUAAAUGGGCGUGGUGUGCGUGCUUACGCGAGAUUGUGUGCGCAAGAGUGAAUACGUCUCUGUUUGGAUCUCAUCUUAAAACAGUCAGAGUUAAGAUCCUAGAACGCCCGUCAGUGUGACUGCACUAGCCAAACGCUUUUGUUUUCUUUAGAGCUGACGUUAUCCACCCACGUUUAGGAGCCUUUGGUAUCGGUGGCCUCCUGGGAACGCUGGAAGACGGAGGACUGGAUGUAAACUGGAGUCUGCUGAGUGACAAGUGGUAAAACUGAGAGACCCACGCACCCAACGGACACAGGCCCAGAGACUCUGAGGAAAAUGAAGUUUCCCUGCCUAUCCUUCCGGCAGCCCUACGCUGGUUUAAUCUUAAAUGGAAUCAAGACUCUUGAGACACGUUGGCGUCCCCUGUUGAGCAGCUAUCAGAAAUGUACUGUUGCCAUCCACAUUGCUCACAGGGAUUGGGAAGAUGAUGCGUGGCAGAAAGUGCUGGUGGAGAGGUUGGGGAUGACCCCAACACAGAUUCAGACCUUACUACAGGCAGGAGAAAAAUACGGCAGAGGGGUAAUAGCUGGACUUGUUGACAUUGGAGAGACUUUGCAGUGUCCAGAAAACUUAGCUGCUGCUGAUGUUGUGGAACUGGAAACUCAAGCAGUGCUAACCAACCUGCACCUGAAGUACCUGACUCCAGUUUCAAACCCCAGUUAAAUCUCAUGCAAUGUAUGAACAGCACCCAGGGGGCCAUGUGACAAGUCCGGGACCAGGCACUGAGUUAACCCCAAUGCACUAAGUCUGUGGUGAAGAGGGAAUCAAAUGGAGAAAACAGUGACCCCUUCUUGCUCUUAUUCUGGGAAACAGUCCCUCAAGCAACAAAAAAAUGACUAUCACCCAACUACUCUUUACCUAGAGAAUCCUAAAUAUUACUCAGGUAGCAUGAAGUUUAAUAUUUAGAUGAUAGUGUUUAUCUUGUAGAAAAUAUUUAUUUCUUCCAUGCAAUUUAUCUUGACCUCAGCUUCCCCCUCCCUGCACUCCUCCCAAUCGCUUCCCCCCCACACACACACAAACCUCACCUCUCUCCCAGAUCUAUUACUCCUCUCUUUCUAUUCAGAAAAGAACAGGCUUCCUAGGUAUAUCAACGAAACACUGCAUAACAUACAAUAAGACUAGGCACCUCCCCUCAUAUCAAGGCUAGAUGAGGCAACCCAGUAGGAGGAAGAAUCCCAAGAGUGGGCAAAAGAGUCAGAGAAAGCCAUUCUCCCACACUUACAAGUGCCACAAACACCCCAAGUUCAACAAUCACAGCAUGCUUGCAUAGUUGCCAAUUCUAUGAGCCCCAUUAACUUGAUUCUGUGGGCCUACUUACUAUUUGGUCUCUGUAUCAAUGACUUGGAAGAUACGUUACAUAGUCCUCUUGUGGGAAACUGAAGCCAGAGCAUUAGAUGGAUGUUAGAAAUUCAUAUUGACAUUGACUGGGGUUGGGGAACCAGGAGAAUGCACGUGUGCCUGCGUAAUACUGUAGCUGCUUCUAAUGGGAAGGAAAGGUGGAUUCAGGGAACAGAAGACAAGGGCACAGGGACAAUACAGACAGAUAGCACAGAAAUUCCAGGCACAAGAUCAUUAUUUUACCUCCAUGGGGUCUGCUUUUAUUUAAUAAGAACUAAAAUUGUUCAUUUCCACAAAAUAAAUGGUGAUUUGUCUCA